CCGUAGACAUUCCUUCGCUGUCAGUGUGCGGUGACAGACAAGCAUCGGUGACCCUCAAUCCAGCUCCAAGUCUGAACUAUGGAAGAGAUUAAUAAUAUUGAAGUUGUUCCGUGCACAGAGUCUGACUACCUGAAACCGUUCAGGGUUCACUAUAAUCAGAAUGGCACAAAGAAAUCCUGGGACUUCAUGCGAACCCAUGACAGUGUAUCAGUGCUGAUCUUUAACACCACCUCACACUGCUUUGUCCUCGUAAAGCAGUUCCGUCCAGCUGUAUACAUGUGUGAGUGGGAAAAGACCAAGAUGCAGCCACCUCAGUCUGCUGACAAAACCGAGGAGGGCGCCUCCGAAGCUGCAGCUGCUGAGUCUCAGGAGGGCCUGUCGGCCUCAGAGGGAGAGAGCUCUUCUCAGUGGCCCCCAGCCUCAGCGGGGGUCACGUACGAGCUCUGUGCCGGCCUGGUGGACAAACCUGACCUCUCCCUGGAGGAGAUCGCCAGGCAGGAGGUGCUGGAGGAGUGUGGCUACGAUGUGCCUGCUUCCAAGCUCAAGAGGAUUACUUCUUACAGGUCAGGUGUAGGUGUAACAGGUGCCAAGCAGACCAUGUUUUACGCCGAGGUGUCUGAUGACAACUGUGUCAGCGCAGGUGGAGGUGAGCCGCGGGAGGGAGAGCUUAUCGAGGUGGUCAAAGUCCCGCUGCAUGAGGCCAUGACGUUUGCCUACGACGAGCGUAUACCCAAAACCAUGGGCGUCAUUUUUAGUUUCAUCUGGUUCCAUAAUAACAUGUCUCCCAAGUACAAGAUCUCUACCAAUGUGUAACUAGUAUUAACUUACCCUUCUUUCUACCAUUUAUUCCAGUUUAAAUCAAACACUGGCCCAGCACAUCCACUCUUUCCCUUAUGGCUUUUCAUCCUGUAUUGCCUUUUUGCUUAUUGGUACAUGAUGAAGGGUGGGCACCUUGUCUUGUUGCCAACUGGUAUCUUUAAGUUUUGUCCUGUUCCCUUUUUUAUGUAGUCUUAAUAUUUUUCCUAAAAGCAAAUUUGCCAUAGCCGGUUGUCACUGGCACUUUUUCUCUUCUUGAUUAUUUUUUUAUAUGCUAAUCAUUUGUUUUACUGUGCCAUCUGUUAUAAAUGGCUGCAUAUCACUGAUUUCAUUAGCCUGCCCUCAAUUAAAGGAAUGCUCCACUGCUUUUAAUGUGGACCUUGAAUGUUAUCUACAUGACAUUGGCUACCUUCAAGAUACGAUACUGGCCAAGAAAAAGCCAUUUCUCAUUCUUCAAGCCUCUUCCCAUUAUUCCUACACCACUGAGUAUUCAAACUCUCCAUUUUUGAGGUUAAAGUUUCUGACUUGUAAAUAACAUUUUUCGAAGCUCGAAUUUAUUGGAGUUACCACUUAAUAAAGCUAUUAUGUUAUGAUAUUAGUGUAAUUAUGAGGAAGUGCCUAAACCUACAAAUAUGGAGACUCCAUGUCAGCCAAAGACUAAUGUUUAGUAUAAUUAAACCCAGUUUUAAAGGAUAUGGUAUUGUCAGUGCACAGUAUUUCCAUUUUCACAGGGUCAACUCUACUGUUUUGCCAUCUGGAUAAUGUGAAAUCUUGCAAGUCAUAAGAUAGGACUCUUUCUCAUCUCUACCUUCUGUCCUACUUAAAAUGAACGCAGCAUUAAGGUAUGAUGUUAACCAGCAAUGUAUCUCUUUUUAGUCUCAGUUUGCUGACAUUUAACAUGCUGAUAUUUCCACUGGAGUCAUUCAUGUAAACAUUUGUACUUGCCUGACAAAAUGUGCUAAAAUUUAAAAAAAAAAAAAAAAAAAAACAGUGGAGUAUUCCUUUAAUCCAUGAUCCAGUAAUGCAAAAACUAUGCUAGUCUUGUGGGGCCUUGUAACAGUCGAGGUGUUCAGGCAUGCCUCAUUUACGUUCUCUGAUCCACAGCCUUUAAGCAAUACUUAUCAUAUUAUCCCAAGCCUAAAAGUCACUCCAUAUCACUGAAAUCAACUCUCACUCUGUUUGAAAUUCUUUAUAAAGUCCAAACAGUCGACAUAUUAGCAAACUUAAUUCACUACUCAUGAAAAGCAUACACCUACCUCUGCACCGAGGGCCUAAUUUCUGUUUUCAGUGUAUCAUCAUACCGAAGCACAAUCCUGAUUAAAAGCAUACUCUGUUAGUCCAAGACACUUUAAUCCACUUCUAAUGGCAUCUUCACAUAUGGUUAGGGGUGUGAAAAGCUGCAUGGUUUUGCCAUUAGUUUUCCAAGCCUGACAUGAAAGAGAGGGUUUUUUUUUGUUUGUUUGUUUUGCAAAAUUUUGAAAGAAUUGAAAAAAUAUAUUCCAAAGAAGAAGGCAACUGGCUUCUCUUUAUGUUUUGAAGACAUUUAGUCUCUCUUUCAAAUGGUUUUCUCAGUUACAGCUGACUGGUGUUUAUUCUCACCGCCAAAUCACACGAUUCAUUACCUAUUAACCACCCAGUACUCACUUGAUUCAAGGUGUAAAUGGUUGUGAAACCACCAAGUGAGGGAUGAGUCAAAGUGUCAAUGGCGGUGAAAUUGUCUUGGGGCGGUAUCUCAGGACAGUGUUAUAAGUACCUGAUAAGUGGAGGCGUUGACCACCUCCUCUGUUUAGAGGUGGGUGCAGUCCAAUACCAUGAGGAGUGCACAGACCUAUAUAUAGGUCAAACAACCUCUCCAAAAGCACAAUACUAGAGAGCUAUCUCCUCAGGACAAGUCUCAGCAGUGCACCAGCAUCUGCAGAGUAAAGGAUGCUCCUUUAAGGACAGCUAUUCACAUUCUAGACAGAGGAGUUAAGGAAGCCAUUUAUGUUAAACUGGUAUGUCUUCAAGAGUCAAAAAGAAGCCCAUUUGCCUUCUACCAUCCAGUCUUAUUACCAUGACCUGGACGGCUGAAUUUGUUUGAGUCUACUUAAACAAAUACAGAGGAUACUGGUAAAAAGGCAAAAUCUUCACAUGCUGUACCUCAAGGUUCUAUGUUGAACACAUGAAUCAAGGUUCAGGAGCAUGUGUAGAAGGACCUAUCCCAUCAGAAGUAUUGCUUUUGAUCAAAUAAUUUGCAAGUUCCCCUGUAGAAAACCUUAGAGGAUCAUUAACUCACAAACCCGAUCUCAUAAAGUGAAUCAUAACAGCCAUUUACCAAACUCUCAGGUCCUAAAACUUUGGCCAUGUUCAGGGUGAAUUUCUGGAUGUGACAAUGACCAGCAUGUUAUGAUACUAUUACAUUCAAAAUCACUUGCAGCUCGAGUAACUACACGCAACAAAGUACUUACUAUUCCUACUAUAUGUUACUAUUUUCUUUUUUCAAAAAGGGCUGGUACUUCAUUUAUUAUUUGAUGUGAAAAAUAAGAAAUCCCUACCCUGUAGUCUUGUUAAAAAUAUGCAAGAACAGAAGCAAGUCCAAUAAUAGUUUUAGAAAAUUAAUGCUCGCUUACAACAGAUGACACAUUAUUUUAAACAUUAUUUCAACUUGCCAAUAGGAGAACUACACUGGCAGGUUUUGCUGUAGCCGGUGAUUUCAUGUUCAAAUCUCCUGAGAGUUUGAAAGUUUGGAAAUGCAAUGCGUGACAAAAUUGUCGUGGUUAAACUUUAACUGUUCAGUUGUUAUUAAAUGCCCUGCCUGCAUAAAGUGUUGGCGUUUGGUUGAACACAAAAAUAUCACAAAAAACUGUUGUAUGUUUUAGAUAUUAGGUUAUUAUUCGUAGCAUUUAUUGUACGAUGUUAAUGACACUUUAACCCUCUGAACCCCAAAACCUGCUGGCAGGUUUUCAAAGGCAUUUCGUCUUUUAAAAUCAUUUAUAGGGUCCAAAAACUGUAAUAAAAAAUAAUCCCUAGAUUUUGAACGUUUUAAUGGUCAUCGAUAUAUCAUGUGUGACGUGUUGUUCUGUCUACAAAUUACUAAUCUGAAGUUUAAAACUCAUUCAACUCUCUGAUAUGUUAUCAAAAACACUUGGUUCAACAUUUCCUUUUUAAAAAGAUCACUAAAAAUAGACAUUUUGCACUGGAUCCAGUUAAAAACUAAAAAUUCUGCAAUCAUCAUCACAACUGAGAAGCCAUUAGUGCCUCAGCUGUGACCAACAGUCAUGUGGCAAAAGUUCAGGUGUGUUUUGGGUCCUUGGAAUGUUGUUGUCCGUACUUCCAUUCUUUUGUCAAUUUUUGUUAAAUAAAUAAUCAAAUUCUUUUGUUUUUUUAGGACUCAUCACAUUAUAUUCAUUCAAAAAAUACAUCAUUUUUGAGUUGACUGAGUUGACUCUACUUCUAGCCAUGAUUGUUCCAUUUCCAUAAAAGUGCAGAACUUUAUAGUGCUGCAAUAAAUCGGUAGUAAUACUGUGUCAGACGCAGAAAACACCCAGAAACUUACUGGAGUUCAGAGGGUUAAACAUACACGGGUGGUGGUAAAAUAAAAUCUAGAAGUAAAGUAAAUAAAGUCUUAUUUAACAAAAACAAAUUCUAGUCCCUCAUAAUACAACCUGCAAUUAAUGCGUACUCAGUUACAACUUUAUUUAUGACACCAAACACUAAUUCAGUCUAAUACAACAGCCUUCUGUUGAGUUGUAAUGUGUUAUACACAGAAACAUUUCUGUUCUUUUGCCUCUCUUCAGUGAUGUAAAUGAGAUGGGCAAAAUAAUAGACAGGCAGCACCACGGGCUACAUUCUCCAAAAUGACCAUAUGGCUGAAUUCACACCUCUGUACAGAAACAGACCUUCAUUAAAAGAGAGUUUAUUGCAGGACUGUUGUAUUAUACUAUUAGUCAGCUACCAACUGAGUGAGUAUUGUGCACUCUGCUAAGCGGGUUACCUUUCCUGGUGUAAAAAUGAGGAAACACUCUAGGCUAGUAUGAGAGUGUCCGUCUAGGAUUCAUUUUGUUCUUGUAUGCUUUUUGAGCAUUAAGAACUGCUGACAAUCAAAUAUCAACAUUUGUUUUGUUUUUUCCCCCUAUAAAAUCCUGUGUUUUGUGUUCAUUUUCUUUCAUUAGUUCAUUAGUUGUACAUUGUUGUCCCUGCUGAUUCUCACAGCAGUUCUCUUAAUAGAGGACCAGUAUCAAGUGUCUCAGUACGGUUAUAUGGUGCCACCUCAAGUCUUAUUGUCUGCAUUAACAAACAAAAUCAAAAUGUUUUUUGAAUAACAUAAGCUAUAUAUGUUCAGUUUCACACAGAGUCAAAUAUUAUGUGUGUAAUUUUCAACCCACACUGCAUAAGACUAUAUUUAUAACCGUUAAGCCAUACGUAUCUCCCCUCACUGAGCUUCUGUGUCCGUCAGUCAAUCAGAGACCAUUCCUCCAAGUAGGAUUGUACAGUUUGCUGGAACUGCUUGACAUAGUUUUCAUUUAUAUAUUUCCUUGGAAAACAAAAGAUGGCUCUCUUUUGCUAAACUGACAAAAAGUUUCUUUGUGUGGAUUAAAAAAAUUUGAGCUAAUGCUGUGAUGUAUGCAAAUACAUUUUCAGUUGCAUUGUUAGACAGCCUUAUUGUAAACCUGUACAACAAAUCUGCAUGAGAAAUGCAGUUUUUACACUGGUAGAAAAAGAAAUGUGUAGAGAAAGAAAUUGUUUUUGUGAACAUCUAUGUAUAGAAACAAAGUGCACACAAAAAAUAUUUUGCUUGAAGAUCCUGUGUCGGCACCUUUCUUAAAAAUCUGCAUCUUUCAGCAUCUGCAGUGGAGGUGAAAGUGAUGGAACCAUCUGCCGUCUGGUUGGACAGUUUGACCCUGCCUUGUGACAGUUAGAUCAGAUUCAAGUGUAAAGACAGAGUCAGAAUUACACUUGAAACAUCAAUACAGUGUGGAAAGUUGGUGCACUCAGUUUUGCACUAUUUAAAUUUUUUUUACAAAUACACAUCUUUUCUACAGAUGCACAAAGGUGAUUUUCUGGUGCAAAUUUAUUUUACAGGUGUACAAAGGCUGAUUUACAACUAUAAACUGGAAUUAUUUGACAAUGCCACUCCAAAUCUUGCUCCAAAUCUUAUGGGCCAUAAUUUUGAACUCAUAUUCUCAGGAUUAACGGAGCACCCAAACCUGAACAUGAAACCAGAUCCCCUUAAAUGCUAAAUUAGGAUGCGCAGAUUCAAGUUUGUGCUGUUCAAAUGACAUGAUAAUGAUUUGAUAAUGGAGGAAUCUGCAUUAACAAUAUCAGGAUGCUUUGGAAAAAUGUGGAAAGCACCUUUGGAAAAUCACGAGUUGACUUUUUAGUGUUAUAUGUUAGGAUGCACAUGGUAACACUAACAGGGCUGUUGUACAAUAUUUCUCACUUUAACUACAUUUUACAAUGUGAAAACCCCACUGUAAUAUCAUUAAAUGUUUGUUUCUGCUUUCAGGGUAACUUAUUUGACACCUUAUUCUCAUCAGCUCAUUCACAUCAGUUCCCCACCCUUCUUUUUUUUCCUCCACCUUCUUCCAUAUGAAACAUAUCUUUGUUAUAGUCUCAGUUUAAUAAGUUCUAAGUGGAUCUCAAUACUUGUUGGGAGUAGUUUAAUGGUGAACCUCACUCUAAGAUUUCCAAUGGUGCUCACAGAUUUCCAUUGUCUUGUUUUUGUCUAGUAUUGUGGAAAAUAAUAAAAAUAGUCACUAUUUGUCUUAGAGAGACUCAAGAGAAAAUGAUUUGUUUCCCACAUUUUAAAAGGGUUAGCCAUCAGUGUUCAAGAGUAGAAGGAAUAUAUUCUAAAUAAAUAUCUCAGUUUGCUUCUCAUAUGGCUUGAUGUAAAAUGUGACAAACAAAAGCCAUUUUAACUUUUAAGGCCAGUCUGUAACUUUAUGUGCCUGUCAAAUGUGAAGAACUGAAAUGUGACUGUGAUAUUAAAAUUCUUAUUUUUCUUUUUGAACUAAAACGUAUUUCUCCACACCUUCCUCCAGCUGUUGUCCAGAGGUCAUGAGUAUUUGGUGAACAUUAAUAAAGACACAUAGUAGCAUCGUAAUCAACUGGCAUAAUGACAAUUAAAUGCCAUCAAUCUAAUUCAGUGUCUAACGUCCAGUGAUGCCGAGACUGAGACUCAAUUGUUGUAGAGAAUUCCCUUAUGAAAGAAACAAGCAGCAUGGCAGCACUUCAGGCUCAGCUGGUUCAGCCACUUUUUCUAUAUAGUCAGUUUGGCACAUGAAGGAAAUUUAAAGGUAUGUUUGACCUGUAUGUAAGUAUUUUAGUUAUGUUUAGCCAGUAAAGUCAAAACUCACAAGCUGAUCACUGAUAUCAGACCAACAGUUUGUUUUGAGCUCAGCUUGUUUUUAGAAGCUAAUGAAUUGUGUCCAGCUGUGUUUUUAGGGUCAUAUGUUGUUUCAGAUAUCUGUGCUUUUCUGUGUUAAUACAAAAAUUCUGAACAUCAGUAACACUGGUGACUACUGUUGUUCACGGAGAACUUAAAACAAAAGUCUGACAUUUUGGGGAUUGUGCUUGUUCACCUUUUUGCCAAGAGUUACCGUAGAUGAGGAGACUGAUUUGGGCUUCAUGUCUGAACAGUAAAUAUGAAGCUACAGCGAGCAACUGGCUAAUUUAGCUGAACUUCAACUCUGGAAACAGAGAGACGGCUAGCUUAGCUCUGUGAAAAGAGACCAAACUCUGCGUACCAGCAUCUGUAACGCACAGCGAAUAACGGUACACAUCUUAUUUGUUAAAUACACACAAAAAGUUUUUACAUUUUUUUUUUAUCAUUAUUAUUAUUAUUUAAAUAAUCUUUAGCUGUUCUGCCAUGUCUGUACAUAAAGCUUGUAGCUGUGUUUUUGAGGCAUCUGUUGGACCAGAAGAGGCCUCUGUGUUAAUCAGUGCAACUGUGUGCUCUGGUUGUGUAAAGGCUCACAUGUCCUACAAUUACACAUGUACCUUGAAAUGUAUUUAGCGCUCUCAUGUCUAUUUUUCUCCAUUUAACUUGUAUAUACACUACUGUUCAAAAGUUUGGGGUCACUUAGAAAUGUCCUAUUGUUGAAAGAAAAGUAUUUUUUUUAAUGAAGAUGACAUUAAAUGAAUCACAAAUACAGUCUAGACAUUGUUAAUGUGGUAAAUGAAUAUUCUAGCUGGAAACGGCUGAUUAUUGUCUGGAUGACCCCCAAACUUUUGAACAGUAGUAUAUGUAACUACAGUCAUUGUGUAUUAGGUUCUGAGCUCCGCCAUUCUUAAUAGUGUACAUUACAGAAAAGGAUUAAGGCCACUGUGAAAACAUUAUUUGAACUCUGACUCUUUUUCUCUAACUUUUCUCCAAAAUGCUGGGUUUAAUAUCAGAAUGCUGACUUACAGUAGCCCUCAUCCUUCUUCGCUGUAUGCUGCUAACGCUAAUCCCUCUGUGUAGACAGAUGUUAGCUCUGACUAGCUGAUAAUUGCUGGCUGCACCUUCAUAUUCACUGUGCAAACAUCUGAGUAGUUAUCAAUUAUCUCAUCUAAUUCUUGAGAAGAAAACACGCUUUAACUGUCCCUUAAAGUUUGCUACAGGUUUAACCUUCCCCUGUACGACAACAGUAACUGCACUUUUGACAGUUCAGAGUGAGGUUGCAGACUGUGUCACAGGUAAGCCAUAUGCCACUUCUGAUAAAUAUACAGUCAAACUAAUAUUUGAGGUAAGUAAAAGGUAUUCUUACCUAUGCUGGAUUUUAACCAUUAGCCCAGCAUUUCUACCUCCAUCACUCAGGCACACAGCAAAGAUAUUUAGUGUCUGUUUGUGUGCUUCUAAGGCGCUGACAUAUCAAAUUCUCAGAAACACAUCAGAAUUGUCAGCACUCAGUGAUUCUCUGUGACAGAAUACUUAAUUCAUCGGUACCAGAAUUUUCUAGAUGUACCCCCAUGGCUAUGCUGUACUUGCUUCUUCAAAUGUGAUUGAUUUUUUCUUUUCUUUUUUUAAUAGUUUGUGCACAGUUUGACAACUUCAUACUGUAUUUUCAGUGAUCUGAGCCACAGUUUAAAGUGAAAAUGAUUUUAAAGGUGCUAUGUGUAGUAUUCUCCAGUUGAAAAGGGUAUAAUUCUGUUAAAUUAUUUCUUGGACAUGGACGUUAGAGCUCAGACAGUAACGCUGGUUGUCUGAAGAAUAUUCCAUUGUUUGAUUAAACAUGAAGUGAUUCUUGUUUUGAAUCCUGGAACAGGCACUUUUGAUUUUGGUUGAGUCUGCGAGUCGGUCACUUUUUCUUCUGAAAAGCAGACUGGUAGCUGAAUAUUGAGAAGCAACAGGGGAAGAAUAAUCAACUUUGCUGCUAUAAAGCAGCUCUUAGUGACUAUAUGUUGUAGCACAUGUUAUUCUACUUGGUAGUGUAAUGUUAAAUGAAAAUCCUACACAUAAUACCUUUAAGUGAAAGAAAAUUUACAUUUUUUCCUCAUGGUAAAGACAUAAAUUUGUCCAAUUGUGAUUUUUUUGUUUUUAUUUUUUAUUUUCUGGUGUCUCACGCAGAAUUUGUGUUUUUAAAUAAUUAUUUUCAGAAAAAAAUACAAAUAUAAACAUUGCAGAUUCUGAAUUUAUCAUGUAUUUUAUGCUUUAUUGAAAGUGUAUACUCAUUGUGGGCAGUGUUUUUAGUAAUGUUCCGUUGAGGUUAAUUUAUUACCUACAUGUUGAAAUAUUUAACUUUCAAAACAUGACACUUGGUACAAACAUACAGUAUAUAUUUAAAUAUGAUACUUUGCAUGUGCACUAACUGUGUUGGAUUAAACUGCAUUAAGUUGAAAUAAAAUGGGUUUAAUGCCCAAAAUGUC